CCACAACUGCAAUAGCACCAAUACCAAAAUCUCAAAGUCUCUUCUUUUUCUCCUAUCUCUAAAGUUUUCAAUUCAUUCUAGAGAGUCUCAAGAUGAUUACUGCAAGGAAGCUCAUCAAAUUGGCAAGGAAAUGGCGGAAAAUGGCUGCCAUUAGGAGAAAAAGAAUAACACUGCCUAGGAAUUUUGUUGGAGGUGUUGGUGCAAAUAGUUGCAGCACAUCAUCUGUGGUUGAGAAGGGCCAUUUUGUUGUGUAUUCUAUGGAUCAAAGACGCUUUGUUCUCCCUCUGGAGUAUCUCAAGAAGGAUAUAGUCAGAGAGCUAUUCAGAUUGGCAGAAGAAGAGUUUGGGAUACCAAGUAGUGGGUCUCUCACAUUACCUUGUGAUGCAACCUUCAUGGAAUAUGUCAUCUCUUUGAUCAAAACGCAUCUAACUAAAGAAGUAGAGGAAGCAUUAGUUAUGUCCAUAGCUAGUGGUCGCUGCUCGUCAUCUUCAUAUCUCCAUCAGGAAUCAAGAAGUCAACCAUCAAUAAUUUGUAGCUUCUAAAGCAUAGUCAUUUACUUUGUAAAUGCUCCCUUCUAUUGUACACUUACAUUUAAAAUGAGAAUUCUGUAAUGAUUUCUUCAGGCAGAAGAACUGAUAGCAAAUCUCGUGUUCACUUUAAUUUUAUAAAUAAAUUUUGUCCAUUUUA